AUGCCGAAAAACGCGCGAGUGAUACUGUGCAAUGGACCUUAUGAAUCCAAUGGAGUGGUUGCGCACAGGAACUUCCGCCUGCAGGGUCUCCUGGCCGCUCUGACAGUGCACGAGCACCAGUGCGUCUUGGAAGACACGUGGGAGUGGAACAUGGUGAAGCUCGUGGUCAACGGGCAGGUGGUCUUCAGCUGUAAUACAAAGCAGCUCGAGUUUG